AUGGCUUCCUCUUCACUACGCUCUUUGGCCAGGAGGAUGCAGCUGGAGAGCCCUCUCCACACCGCCGGCGCCGGCGAGGUCCCGAGCCCGCCGGACUCCGGUUCACCGGCGGGGAGCUUCGACGGCAACGUGGUCAUGAUCCUCGCCGUCCUCCUCUGCGCCAUGAUAUGCGCUCUGGGGCUCCACUCCUUCGUCCGCUGCGCCCUCCGCUGCUCGGAUCGGGUCAACUUCCGAAGCUUCGUCGGCGGCGGCGCCUCGAACGCUGGCGUGAAGAAGAAGGCUCUGAGAUCGCUCCCCACGUCGACGUACUCCACCGGCCUGAAGCUCGUGGGCGGCGAGUGCGCCAUCUGCCUGUCAGAGUUCACCGCCGGGGAGCGCGUUCGGGUGCUCCCCAACUGCGGCCACGGCUUCCACGUGAAGUGCAUAGACCGCUGGCUGACGGCGCACGCCUCAUGCCCCACGUGCCGGCAAUGCCUCCUCACCGAACACCACCACAAACAUGCCGCAGACGCCGGCGUAGGUCGCCACCAGCCGCCGCUGCCGGCCGUCGCGCCGCUCCCACACGAAGGCUUCCUCGUCAAUUACAGGUUCGGGUACUGA